UUCCACGCGACGGGCGAGAUAUCACACAACGGACCAGCGCGAAAGAGCCUCUCGUACUAUUGAAAGCGGCAACCUCAGCAGCGGUGUGGACACUACUGUUUACUUGUCUGCUGUGCGCCUGUGCCGAAGGGGAAAGAGGCGAGUCCCUUCGCCUUUGCUCGCCCGCUCUCGAGCCCUCGGCUUUUCUCCUGCCGGCGUUCGUGCCGCGCUGCUGCGGCUGCCGCUCGGAUUCGAUCGAGCCGGUGGAUUCGUCCCGGGAGUUGGGCCUUCAGCCUCAGCUCUAAGGCCAGUGUUAGGUCUGAAAGGAUGUUGAGAAUCUGGGACGACCGACAAGCUUUCACACCUUAGGCAUAAGAUAGCCCUGACAUCCUGUGAAGAAUGAACAAGCGCAUCCAUUUUGGAUUCACCAAUCAUUGGAUAUUGCUCAUAGGCAUUGGUUGCAUUCCAUGAAUAGACAUGGGCAGCCUUGGAAAUAUCUUGUGUGCAGUAAUCCUGAUCGUCUUGUCCUUUUGCUAUGUGGAUGUGGCAAGGGGGCAAACAACUGACCCAAAUGAAGUGAAUGCUCUCAAGGCUAUCAAAGGCAGUUUAGUUGAUCCUAUGAAUAACCUUAAGAAUUGGGGUAGUGGGGAUCCAUGCACGUCACGUUGGACUGGAAUCUUCUGUGACAAGAUACCAAGCGAUCCAUAUCUUCAUGUAACAGAAAUACAGUUGUUUAAGACGAAUCUUUCCGGAACUUUGGCACCAGAGGUCGGUCUUCUAUCCCAGCUGAAAACAUUGGACUUCAUGUGGAACAAUUUGACCGGUAACAUCCCUAAAGAAGUUGGAAAUAUCACAACACUCAAGCUCAUAACUUUGAAUGGUAACCAGCUAUCUGGUUCUUUACCUGAUGAGAUCGGCUAUCUCGUGAACUUAAACAGAUUACAAAUUGAUCAGAACAACAUAUCAGGCCCCAUACCUAAAUCAUUUGCCAACUUAACAAGCAUUAGACAUCUUCACAUGAACAAUAACUCAUUAAGUGGGCAAAUCCCAUCUGAGCUGUCCCGAUUGCCUGCACUCUUUCAUCUCCUUGUGGACAACAAUAAUUUGUCUGGGCCACUUCCCCCAAAACUAGCAGAGACGCCUAGCUUGAAAAUACUUCAGGCUGAUAACAAUAACUUCAGUGGAAGCUCCAUCCCUGCUGAAUACAGCAACAUACCAACACUUUUAAAGCUGAGUCUUAGGAACUGCAGUUUGCAAGGAGCUGUUCCCGAUUUGAGUGGCAUACCUGAAUUUGGCUACUUGGACCUUAGCUGGAACCAAUUGAAAGGAUCUAUACCAACUAAUAGGCUUGCUUCAAAUAUCACUACAAUUGAUUUGUCGCAUAACUUUCUUAAUGGAACUAUUCCAUCAAACUUCUCAGGGCUGCCUAGUCUUCAGUUUUUGUCAGUCCAAGGAAACCUCUUAAACGGUGCUGUUCCACCGACAAUUUGGAGCAACAUCACUUUUACGGGAAAUAGAACCCUUGUUCUGGACUUCCAAAAUAACACCCUUGACACUAUUCCGGCUGCAUUUGAGCCUCCAGAAGCUGUCACCGUUCUACUUUAUGGAAACCCUGUAUGCACGACAUCUAAUGCUUCUCGAGCAGCUAAUCUUUGUCAACCCACACCUCUAAACGAAGCACCUUCUGGACGGGGACCACAACUUAGUAUAAUCUGUGCUCCUUGCCCGACUGAUGGAAAUUAUGAAUACAAUCCAUCAUCCCCUCUACCUUGCCUCUGUGCUGUGCCUCUGGGAGUUGGAUUUCGGCUGAAGAGUCCAGGGAUAUCAGAAUUCCGUCCCUAUAAAGAAGCCUUUGAGAUCAACUUAGCCCAUCUGCUGGAUCUGCUUGUUUAUCAGCUGUACAUUGAACGAUACAUAUGGGAGGCUGGCCCAAGGCUGAAUAUACAUUUAAAGUUAUUCCCAAGUAAUACAAGUUUAUUCAAUGUGUCUGAGGUGGUACAGCUCAGGGAACUACUUGCUGGAUGGCAGAUCACUCUAGCAGAUGUUUUUGGUCCAUAUGAACUUCUCAACUUCACGCUUGGUUACUAUGCAGAUGAAUUUCCAACUGUUGUGUCAACAGGUUUAAAAAAGAGCGCACUAGCUGGCAUUUUAGCAGGGACAAUUGUUGCUGCCAUUGCAGUAUCUGUAGUUUCUACAAUUUUUAUAAUGAGAAAGCACACAAACCGGCGAACAGUUUCAAGGCGGUCAUUACUUUCAAGGUUUUCUGUCAAGGUUGAUGGUGUGAAGUGCUUCACAUUUGACGAAAUGGCUGCGGCAACAAGCGAUUUUAAUAUUUCAGCUCAAGUUGGUCAAGGAGGUUAUGGAAAAGUUUAUAAAGGAAAUCUAGCUGAUGGUACAGCUGUGGCAAUCAAGCGUGCACAUGAAAGUUCUUUGCAAGGUUCAAAGGAGUUCUGCACAGAAAUAGAAUUGUUGUCAAGAUUGCAUCAUCGCAAUUUGGUUUCUCUGGUUGGCUACUGUGAUGAAGAAGACGAGCAGAUGCUGGUGUAUGAGUUCAUGCCCAAUGGUACCCUACGUGAUCAUCUUUCUGCUAAAACUGAAAGACCUCUGAGCUUUGGUCGGAGGUUGCAUAUCGCCCUUGGUGCCGCAAAAGGAAUUCUAUAUCUACAUACCGAGGCAGACCCUCCUAUAUUUCACCGUGAUGUUAAGGCCAGCAACAUUCUACUGGACUCCAAGUUUGUAGCGAAGGUGGCUGACUUCGGUCUUUCAAGGCUUGCUCCAGUGCCCGAUGUUGAAGGGACUUUGCCAGCUCAUAUCUCCACUGUUGUUAAGGGCACCCCAGGCUAUCUUGAUCCAGAAUAUUUCCUAACUCAUAAAUUGACAGAAAGAAGUGACGUGUAUAGCCUUGGUGUUGUGUUUCUUGAACUACUGACUGGAAUGAAGCCAAUCCAGCAUGGUAAAAACAUUGUUAGAGAGGUAAACAUAGCUUACCAAUCAGGCGACAUUUCCGGGAUCAUCGACAGUCGAAUGUCCCCGAACCCUCCAGAGUGUGCCAUGAGGUUCCUCUCCCUGGCAAUGAAGUGCUGCCGGGAUGAGACAGAUGACAGGCCUUACAUGGCCGACAUUGUAAGAGAACUCGAGACCAUCCGGAGCAUGCUACCCGAAGGAGAGGACCUGGUGUCCGAAACUACGGGGACAGGCUCUGGCGCGCUGACAAAGUCCAUGUCGACUACCUCGACGACUACCGGCGUCCUCUUCGUCUCGUCCCACACUUCCGGCACUGGUCAGGCGAACAGCGGCAUCCCCUCUGGGACGGUGGUGCCUCGGUAGCGUUGCCAGCGCCGGACACGUUGUAAAUGAUUUUGUAGACACCUGACAAGUGACAACGAUUUGUAGCUUUGUAAGUAGUAGCAAUACUGGGGUGGUGUAGCCUCCCCUACAGGUGAUUCUUAUUCUGUACAUGAGUUGUGCCGUUGCGAAGUGUUGUAGUAUCAGGAAUUCAGGUUGUGAUGUAGUAGUGACAAUGGUAAAGAAUGCAGAUGAUGAAUGUAUACUGGCGUAUUUAUCAGAUACGUACAUUGGAUGGGAA